UUGCAGUUACACUUGAUGGGCUACAAAACACAACGGCGUCGAAUGUUUCGGACUUGUCUCUCGUUCCUCGCCGCACACAACAACACACUUCAAUCCAAAGCCCGCCUCCUCCCUCUCCUGAACCCUAACUCGCCCAUGUCUGCCGGGCCUUCCCCGGCGCCCUUCGAUCCUACGGACGAUCCUGACGAAGGCCUCUGUGCGGACCUCGAUGGAUGCUCCCUCGGCGACCCUUCCCCUCCACUGCCGUCCUUGCUCAUCAGGCGCCAUCUGAGCGGGCAGGUCCUGGUGGAGCGGGCCUGGGAACACUGGAACCAGCUCGGCGCCCCUAAGCUUGUGGUGGCUCCCAUGGUAGACAACUCCGAGCUGCCGUUCCGGAUGCUCUGCCGGAAGUAUGGCGCCGAAGCCGCGUACACGCCGAUGCUCCAUUCGAGGAUCUUCACUGAGACUGAAAAGUACCGGAGCAUGGAGUUCACUACCUGCAAGGGAGAUAGGCCACUGUUUGUACAAUUCUGUGCCAAUGAUCCUGAUGUUUUGCUGGAAGCAGCAAAAAUUGUUGAGCCUUAUUGUGAUUAUGUGGACAUAAAUCUUGGAUGUCCUCAGCGCAUUGCUAGGCGAGGAAAUUAUGGUGCUUUUCUCAUGGACAAUCUCCCUCUCAUAAAAUCACUUGUGCAAAAGCUAUCACAAAAUCUUCAAGUCCCAGUUUCAUGUAAGAUCAGAAUAUUCCCAAAUUUACAAGACACCUUAGUGUAUGCCAAGAUGCUUGAAGAAGCCGGUUGUUCUCUCCUAGCUGUUCAUGGCCGGACAAGAGAAGAAAAGGAUGGGAAGAAAUUCCGAGCUGAUUGGAAUGCCAUCAAGGCUGUAAAAGAUGCUAUUAGGAUACCUGUUCUUGCUAACGGGAACAUCCGGCACAUGCAAGAUGUUCAUGAUUGUUUGGAUUACACCGGUGCUGAUGGAGUUCUUUCAGCCGAGUCGCUCCUUGAAAAUCCAGCACUAUUUGCUGGAUACCAGACAAUGGAACCAACUAAAGACAGUUCCUAUGAGAUGGAGAAUGGUGUGAUUUUAGACCAGUCAGAUCUGGCAAUAGAGUAUUUGAAAUUGUGCGAGCAAUAUCCAGUGCCAUGGAGAAUGAUCCGCUCUCAUGUUCACAAGAUGCUGGGGGACUGGUUUAGGAUUCAUCCACAGGUGAGGGAGGAAUUGAACGCCCAAUCAAAACUAUCUUUUGAGUGGCUCCAUGAUAUGGUGAAGAGACUUAAAGAUCUUGGCGGAGCACCCGCACUGUAUGGAAAUGGUGAUAUCAAAAGCAGAGCUAAAGCUAAUGGAGUCGCCACAUGCAUUUCUUGAUUCUCCAGCAUCUCACUAGUGAUAUUGCAACUACAAGCAUUUUUUAUUAUGAGGCAGGCCUUAAGGGGCUGAGACUCUUCAUAGCAAAUAUUCAUGCUUCCUUUUCCGAAUUGAUAAUGAUCAUCUAUUUAUCUUUUAACAAAUUUUGUGCUGGAUAUGCCACUUAAUGUUGGUAUUUAUCUAGCUCUAUCAGAGUAGAGAUAAAUCGUGAAUAUGAUGAGUUAGUAUAUUUGAUUGUAUUGGCUAAA